AUGGCUGGUUCUCGGCAGCAAGCAGCUGAAAAGGCUCUGCACGAUCAAACGAACAUUCUCCCUCGGGGUAGGCUUCUCGUUGUCUUUGCUGGGCUUGCAAUCUCGCUGUUCAUCUCGUUUGUCGACCAAAAUGGCAUCACCGUGACGCUGCCCACUGUCGCAGAGGAUCUGAACGGCAAGAACACCAUCUCAUGGGCGGGAACAUCCUCGCUGAUUGCCAAUACAAUGUUCAGUGUCCUCUACGGGCGGCUGUCUGACAUUUUCGGACGAAAGAUCGUGUAUCUGUGCGCCUUGGCUCUGCUCUGCGUUGCAGACUUGCUCUGCGGCUUGUCCCAGAAUGCAGCCAUGUUCUAUGUCUUUCGAGGUCUGGCCGGUGUUGCAGGAGGCGGGAUCAGCUCGUUGGCCAUGAUCAUCGUGUCCGACGUUGUGACUCUCGAGCAAAGGGGGAAGUACCAGGGGAUUCUGGGCGCGUCGCUAGGUCUCGCCAACGUUGUUGGUCCAUUCAUUGCGGCGGCAUUCAUCCUCAGAGCCACAUGGCGCGGGUUCUUCUGGAUGCUGGCCCCGUUGGCUGCGUGCUCGAUCAUUGUCGGAUAUUUCCUCAUUCCUGAUACUGCGGUCAAGGACAGUUUCCGGACGAACGUAAAAAGAAUCGACUAUUUUGGUAUUAUCGCAUCCUCUAUCGGUAUCAUCUUCUUGUUGAUCCCGAUCUCGGGGGGUGGCUCGUACUUUGAGUGGAAUUCGCCAAUGGUAAUCAGUAUGCUCGUCAUCGGAGGACUGUCGCUGGUCACCUUCUUCUUCAUCGAAUGGAAGAUCGCCGUGUUGCCCAUGUUGCCGAUGGAGUUCUUCAAGAACAGAGUCAUAGUUGCCCUCUUCCUGCAAAGCUUCCUCCUGGGCGCAGUGUACCAGGCAUAUCUCUACUACCUCCCACUCUUCUACCAGAACGCGCGCGGCUGGUCCCCUAUCGUCUCGGCAGCCCUAACGUCUCCGCUGGUCGCCUGCCAGUCUAUGUCCUCCGUACUCUCAGGCCAGUAUAUCUCACGGUGCAAACGGUACGGCGAGGUCAUCUGGUUUGGCUUCGGCAUGUGGACACUCGGCGCCGGCCUCACCCUCCUCUUCAAGACAACGACCCAUCCAGCUGCCAUCGCCGUAAUAGUCGCCAUAACCGGCGUCGGAGUCGGAUGCACCUUUCAGCCAACCCUUGUUGCCUUCCAGGCCCACUGCACAAAGCGCCAACGUGCCGUCGUCAUCUCAGACAGGAACUUCUUCCGCUGCAUGGGCGGGGCCUGCGGCCUUGCGAUCUCCGGCGCCGUAUUGCAAGCGACGCUCCGCUCGCAUUUGCCAGUCGGGUAUGAAUAUCUGUCCGACUCGACGUACUCUCUACCCGCGCAGUCGUCAGUCCCGGAGGCUGUAUGGGGCGGCAUUGUGGAUGCGUAUACGGCUGCGAGCAGGGCAGUGUUUAUUUUGCAGGUCCCGCUAAUUGGGGUUUGCUUUUUGGCUUGUUUGUGUAUCAAGGAUCAAGGAUUAGAGAGACCGAAGGAUCCUGCGGAGCUGGAGGAGGAGAGGAGGGCUCUCGACGCGAAAGAACAAAGUGCAAAUUUGUCAGUGACCACAAGCCAGGUCAUAACACCCGAGAGACACUCUGUUGAGCAGGUCUUUGAGGAUGAGAAGACAAGACAGAACGUUUGA